CGGCACUCGGUGGCAGUCGGUACUCGGCAUUCUCAUUUCACAGUUGCCAAAGUUCGUUUGCCGCGACGCGUUGCAAGAUCUCUCGAUCGUCUCGGGCCGAGUGUUUCUUUCUAAAAAUGUGCCACCAAAAAUCAACCAACUAAAGAGAAACAACAAACACACAAAAAAAAAAAACGAAAAACAAAAAGGGAAAAAUGUGUGCAAAAGUAUUUUGUCUAUUGCUGCUGAUCUUUGCCUCUCAGGCUCUCCUCGGGGGCAGCGAUGCCAAGCGCUUCUUUGGCGUUGGCCAGCGCAUCGAGGGGGAUCAGCUGCUGCUCAAGGAUGUCCAGCACUCGCGUCCUGCCGGCAUAAGCGAACAGCCCCGUGUGAUCUUCAACUACGAGAUACCCGAGCCCAUCACAUACAUUGAAAUUGUCUCAGAGGAAAACAUAUACGCGGAGGUGAAGUUCAGCUAUACGGAUCAUCUGGUUGUGGGCAUGAUCAGCGUGUUGGGCACCAAUCAGAGCCAUGAAGAGAGCCAGCCCCAGCCCCUGCCCCUGCCCACGCCCGCCUUCGACGUGACCAUAUUGAUAUUUGGCUUCAAUCACACCGUUCUGAAUGUCAAUCCCUCGCUGCUGAUCAAUCGCGAUCGACAGUUUGAAGGUGAGCUGCAGCCCUUCGAGGACUAUGACGCCGAGGAGGACGAUGGCGAGUUCGGGCAGGCGAGCAAGGAGUUCACAGAGCUCUACGAUAAUAUCAAGCGAGAUGCCCUGGAGGUGGACAUCGAGGAGGAAGACCUGGAAACGGAAACAGAGACGGAGGGUCCCGGCUCUGGCUCCAGUUUGGAGUUUGAUAAUAUCGACAAGGUCAUUGAAAUUGGCCACAGGCAGCCGGGCGAUCAGUUGGUGUACGAAACCUUUCAGACCUCCCCAAACGAGUCCUCGGUGGAAACAAAUCACACGGUGGUGUUCUACUACGUCGACAGCGACUCCAUAACCUACGUGAAGUUUGUCAUCUUUGGUCACUAUUCGGACAGAAGCGGCCUGGAUCCCAACUAUGUGGCACCUGUGGCAGAGUACAGCCACUACUCCAGUGGCACCCUAAAGGCCGUCAUCACGGACUUUAGCACCGUCUCCCUUUUCGUUCAGAUGUUCGUCUACGGCUACAGGGCCCAGGAGGCGCCGCAGACGUACGAGCCCUUUCUGCCGCCACCGCACUGGCAGCGGCCCACGGACGAGCCGCCACUGACGCCCAUGCAACGCAUGCAACUGCUGAUGAUGACGGGCAAGGUCACCACUGCCGCCGCACCGCCAAACAUGUCCGAUGACGAGGAGGAGGAGGAAGAGGAUUCGCGAAAAAUGCGACCCGAGGAUAUGCUCUACACGAGGACGCGUGCAAAAGACCAGACGGAUGUCCAGACGGAUGACGACAAGACGAAUGCGGCACUGCCGCAGCUCGAUCGAGGCAGCUGGGCAUUGAUGUGGCUGCUGCUGUUGAUCCUGCAGCAGCAUCAGCAGCAGCAGUAGUAGUGCGGCUGUACGGUGGCACGGUGGCACGCAGGAGAGUCGUUAGUUAAUCCAUUGAAAGCUUUAUGAGUAGACUUUAGUCCCAACAUUCUUUGCAUUGUAUUUUAUGAAAUAAACUUCUGGCCCAAGCCAAGCAAAAGUC